UCUUGUAUGAUUGCCUUUGCAAGCCGAGCAGGAAUGAGCAUCGGGAAUGUGGUGUUGGUACGGUGUGAUCUGUGACUCGGUUUGUGUCGUGUUUGUAAUGUGAUCAGAACGCUGACCACCUCUUGGUACGUUUCAAAUCAGUGUGAUAUGUCAGCUUGACAGAAUCGGUGCGGUAUCUACGGUAGUUCUCGUGCAAUUGUUGUACAGUGAGGUCCACACGUUAUAAUGUUUCAUAUUAGGACCUAUCAAGUCGUGUGUAUGUGAUUAUUGCUUCAGGAGCUGAUAUGCAUUUCCAACACUCCAUAAAAUCGUGAUGGAUGCUGUGCCAGGGAUAAGCUUUGUGGACCACGCACGACUGCUAGGAAUAUUACAAUCCGACUCAUUCCUCAGCAACAAUCAGCAAAUUGAUGCCAUGCGCCUGAAAGAAGAGCUGCAGGCUGUGAAGCAUCGCAAGGGAAGUGGCGCAGUUGGCAGCAGUGGUGGUGGCCAGGGUGGUCGCGCAUGCGCACGAUGCAGGGCUGAGUUGGGGCGCAUCAUCAAUCGCGGCGCGAUCUGUCGCGUGUGUCGCUGUCGCGUCUGCAAGUCGUGUCGUCAGUAUUGUCAGCGACAACCGACCGACUGGUUGUGCACCGUAUGCCAUAAGCACAUGGAGCUUGCAACAGCCACUGGUGACUGGAUGAACGAUUUUUCUCAUCUGCCUGAGAAGAGAAGCGUUCAAAUGAAUGCGGCAGAGAGAAUUAAACAUAGCAUCCAAAGGUCCUGGACUUUUUCAGCAGUAGAUGCAUCAUCGAUGCCUUCACCGUGGGCGGCGCUGCGUAACUCUCCUGAGAUGAGAGCCUACAGCAGCAUGCCCCGCCAUCACGACUAUGGCGGCCGCCCCACCUAUCUGCCGCCUCCGCCUUCUGCCGCCUCCGACUCGCCGCCUCCGGCUGCCUCCGAUCUGCCGCCUCCCGCCGCUCCGCCGUCUUCGCCCGCACCGCGCACCAGCGAAGAUGAGCGGCAGACUACCGCCGUCUCCGACUCGACCUCUUCCGCUGUCUCGGAUCUGCCGCCUCCCGCCGCUCCGCCGUCUUCUCCCGCCCCGCGCACCAGCGAAGAUGAGCGGAAGACUAACGGCAGGCAGCAGACGGAAGCAACUGAUAGACAACACACAGUCAACGCUGGAUCAUUGGUUGAUAAAGUGGUGAGAGGUCCGAGCUCGGACCAGGAGAGCGGCGGCGACCUGUCGUCGGUCGGCAGCAGUCCGAUGAUCGAGAAGCGGUCGUCUGCGGCUCUGUCGUCGCCCGUGAUUCGCAAGGUGGCUCUCAGGCGCAGACGGGUCGAUGCCGCCAAUCUACCGCCAGGUGUGACACCCCCACGCAGCAGACGCCACCUGAUAAAAGGCGCCGGAGGCGGUGAGGCGUCGACAGACGAGGAGUCCAGCUGGCUGGUGGAGUCGGGUACCGACGACUACCGCCUUGUCUUCAUUAGUAGUUCCGACUCGUCGUCACGAGAGGAUUUGCCGUCGGACGACGAUGACUGCGCCUGGGAUUACUACCUGGAGACAGGGCCCAACUCGGGCGCAUGCGCAAUUAUUACUCCACGCGCCGACCUGGAGGGGGGGCUCAACUCAGUCAUUACUCCACGCGCUGACCUGGAGGCGGGGCCUAACGCGGGCGCAUGCGCAGUCAUCGCUCCUCGCGCAACUGAAACUUUGGGAGCAGCCAGUCGUCGGCCGACCGUCGCCGCGAGAGGAGACAUCAGUGUGAUACCGAUCCCCGUUCCGGUUCCUGUUCCGGUUCCCGUGCUAGUGCCCGUGCCCUGGCAUCCCGAGUUUACGAUUCGCGUACAGCAUUGUUUGGCUCCCGUCUGGCGCGAACUGCUUUUGCGUCAUGGCGGCGGGAGUGGUGCCAUGACCCCCCAAGGCGCCGACAUGCCCGCUGGAGACGACAGCCAACAAAACAACACCGCUUCUGAUGAUGUAGUUCUCAAACUUUACAAACCGCUCGAAGAGAAAUCCGUUGAUCCAGUCCUACCACCUGAACCUUCAUCAACGGACAACUCAUCCUCCGACGAAGAACAAACUGCCACUAAACGCGUGUACCGGUUCAACGAUCAAACCGUGGUUGACGGUGUUAGUGCUUCUUCAUCCUCCGACUACUCAGACUCUUCAGCAUCCACCAGCUCUGAACAAAGCACACGCCCAACUAAACGUACUAGGAGAACCUAUGUUGUCAAUCAUUCCAACAAUGUAGAGUGUGAUAUACCAGGUUUAGAAAGGAAUUAUGAAGAGGAUGAUACAGAUUGUGCUUCAGAUACCGGUGUUACACUUAUUAAACAUACUAGUGUUUCGUCAGAUACUGGUGUUACACUUAUUAAACAUACUAGUGUCUCGUCAGAUACACUCGAAAAACUUACUAGUGUCUCAUCAGAUACCGGUGUUACACUCAUUAAACACACAGGGGUCGACGAAAUGUGCAACAAAGAGGAUGUUGUAGGUGUUGACAGUGGAUAUCGUCCUAGAAAUGUGCAUCUUUCGGAUAUAUUUGAUAGUGUCAAAAAUGAUGUGAUAGUGAAACGUGAUGUGGUGGGGGAGUCGGGGUCAACAGUUAGUGUAAAUGUGAACGAUGUGGCUAGUGUAAAUGUGAACGAAGUUGCAAAGAGAAACGAAGUGGAUAGUGUGUCAUCAGCGCGCGACCUUGAACCUGUAUCCGCCUGCCAAGAACCGCAGUCGGCUGCAUUCGAAUGUGAUUCCCUUUCACGUGAUGCUGUUCUCUCGCAACCGGUUCCACGGCAACCGGAAGUCUCCAGCGCUGAUUCGCUCGGCGCUGAUAACAACAUGAUCGACUCCUUGGAUCCGCCGCGACAUUAUCAUAACGACGAGCGAAGCCUGGACGUUCAGGAUAGUUUGGAUGUUGUUGAAAAGUGUGAAGCAGUUAACGAGAAUGUGCGAAGGUGUGACAGCGACAUUAACGAGAAUGUACGGAGGUGUGACAGCGACAGUAACGAGAAUGCUCGAAGGUGUGACAGCGACAAUGAAGGUGGUGCAAAUGUCGGAACUCGUAGCAGCAGUGCUUCCGACGAGUUCUCAGGUACCGAGUCGAUGGAACUGAAUGGAACCGACAAGCUGGAACGGAUUGUAAAUGAUAACCAACGACCUGAAACUGGUCGAUACACAAGUUUGGUUAUGAUAACCCAGGAUCGGCCGGCUACUAUUGUGCAGGAUUGUGAGAGUUUGGUGAAUGAUGAGGUUGAUACCUCGGAACAGGUUAGAGUUGUGUUGGGUGGUGAUACACUGAGUUGUCUCGAGGAGGGGUUAGCUGAUGAUGAUUCCUGGGUGGAGGAGUUGGAUAGGGAGGAGUCAGUUGCUGCCACGACAACUGAGGACUCGUCUGAGGGCGAAGAUGCUGGGUUUGCCGACCGGGAAGAGGAGUUGAGAGGAUAUAAUCGGACUGCUAUCGAUUUUACGUUGCAUACUAUUGUGGAGGAGAGUUGCGAAGAAAGCGAAGCUGAAUCCGAGAAACGACCAACUAGACCACUGGAGAGGUAUUUCUUCUACGGGCUAGGUGAUGGGGAUGACCCUCCCAACGAUGCCGACACUAUCUCGGAGACAAGCUCUGUACACAGUGAGACCCUGGAUAGUGAGAGUGUGGAGCCUGAAGGUGAGGAUGGGGUUGAAGACGCGGUGGAGACGGCUUGCUCGAGGUUGGAGAAGUAUUUCCUGUCGGGUUUCAUGGGGUUCAGUAGGAGAGACUCGGACGGAAGUGUGGGGAGCGACAGUGAAGGUCGUCCCAGUCCUGAACAACGCAGGAAGAGGUUGGUGCGAGCGAGAGGUGCUGGUCGGUCUCACUCGUCCUCACUCGACAAUCUGUUGGCCGAGGCUGAGCAGCUGCCAGCCGAGAGUCAGGUGGUGUCCGGGGAGGGAUCAUCCGAUGAGGAAGAGGAGAGUUUGUUUGAGAAGAAUGAUGGACAGUUUGACACCGUGAAGAGGACUAAGAAGAAGAAGAGGAGUGUGUCGUCGGCGCCCGAGGUUCAUCUGCUCGAGGUUCCCGAUGGGGAGGUGAAUGAGGAUGGACGUGAGGAGGAAGCUGACAAGAAUGGGGAGGUCGCUGUGGCGGAGUUGGCUUCUAGUCGAGGGAAGCAACACAGUAGAGAUAGUGGUUUCAUGGGGAGUUGUGAUGACUUACUGAAAGAACCACCCACCGUAGUGACGUCACUAGUUGAGGAAAAAGAUGUUGUCGAUAAAGGUGAAGAUGAUGAUAAACCGUCUACAUCUACGUCGUCAACUGCUAGUGCACCACCUGUGAGAGAGAGAGAAGCUCCUCCCAACAUCCCAGCUGAGAGUUUGGUAAGGAAAGAUAGUUUCAAUAAUUGGAGUAGUGAUGAGGAAACUAAUCUGAUGAUGUCGAAAAUGCGCGCGUUUUUUAAAACAAUGGUUGGAAAUCAGCCGAAGGCACCUCCCGCGUCCCCAGGGCCGCAACCCCGCACCCGUAGUAAACCUCCGCAACUGGUGUAUUUCGAAUCUGAGUUGACACGACUUAUGAAGACGGUUCCCGGACUCCGUGACGACCAGGUCAGGGAGAUCGUCGAGUAUCUAAGUAGUGAAGAUACAUGGAGUGACUCAUACGACUCGUCAGACUACACCAGCUCCGACCUGGAGGGCGCCGGUCGCAAGAGUGUGUUGCAACAGCAGAUUUCGGCCAGUUGUCGGCAGAUUAUCGACAAUUUUACGCCGACAUCGGUCAAUUCUCGGCCGAUUAUCGAUACCUUCACGCCGACACCGACGCCGGAGGCUAGGCCAGACGAGGCGGCCGUCGUUUAUCAGCGACUGGUGGCGUCGCUAGGGCGUCUCGACGCCAAUGAUAGCCAGCAUACGUCUUCGCCGCCGCUCAUCGCCAAGGUGAUGCAGCAUAUUGGCAGUCGGCUGGUCGCUCUCAUGCAUGAGGUGUCAAGCGGCGAAGGCGGAGGCGGCGGUAGUGGGGGCGGAGGCCAGUCGUCGCCGCGGGUGGGGGCGGCGCGGAUGCACCACCGCCGGAGCACGACCGUGAAGCCGGGGGCGGCAUCCACCACCGAGGAGGACGAAGACGAGGAGGACGAGGGGCGGCGAGGCGGAGGCGGCAGUAGUCCGCCCCUGGCACUGCCUCUGCCGCGGUCAAAGUCACACGACCCGCUGCUGGAGGCGAGCGACAACGAGCGGUUCAGUUGGCGCGGCAGUUUUGAGUCGGCGCUGUUGGCGGCGUCGGAUUCGCGCACCCGACUUUUGGAGACUACCAGUUCGGUGCAGCCGAGCGGCAAGCGGAGGUCGGCUUCUGAUUUGCUCGCCAAGGGGGGCAGUCGGGAUCGGCUUGAUCGUGUCAGGUCGUGUGGCAGUAUCGGCGGCAGUCUAGAGGACAAGAUCUGGGGGGCGGGGCGUCGCUCGCCGCUGGACUCAGGCGGUUCCGCCGACGGCGAGGAUGACUCGGACGACGAUCGCCGCCUCCAGCGACCGGCGGCCGCCAACUCACUGCCCCGCCUUCCCACCGCCCCCGGCACCGCCACCAGUCUCUACAAGGCGCACAGUCUGCAUCAGUUUGCCGCCGCCUCCGGAGGCGGAGUCAAGUCGGCCCGCUACCGCCCCCCUGGCUACCCUGCGGCUGCCUCUCGCGGUGCCGCCUCCAGUGUGGUGGCUCCGCCCCCGCGGCGGCUACACGAUCGACGCAGUCGCUCGCAGGUCGGGUCGCCGCCUCCGGCUAAUGUGCUUGCAUCGUCGGAUGAUGGCAGUAUUUGCUCGGAGCCGGUGUCAGGUGUGGGGAGAGCCGGCCAAGAUGAGGAUGCCGUUGAUCGGCUCAUCAAUCAACACCGUGCUUCACUCGGGGCUCGUAGCGACUCGCUCGCUAGCGUGUACUCGGGUGCGGGCGAGGGCCGCUACGGUAGUGUGGCGGUGCGAGGGGAGGUGGAGUUCGGUCUGCAGUACAACUACAAGCAGGCGGCUCUUGAGAUACACAUCAAACAGUGUCGCGAUCUGGCGCCAGUCGAUACCAAACGCAACAGAUCUGAUCCGUAUGUGAAAGUCUACCUCCUACCGGAUAAAUCAAAAUCAGGAAAGCGGAAAACCAGGGUUAAGAAGCACACAUUGAAUCCUGUAUUUGAAGAAACACUGAAGUUCCACAUAACUCUGGAAGGGUUGGAGACGAGAACGUUGUGGCUGAGUGUUUGGCACUCGGAUAUGUUCGGACGGAAUGACUUCCUCGGCGAAGUGACAAUGUCGCUAGAGAACAAAGUCUUCGAUGAUCCCCUUCCAAGGUUCUAUACAUUACAAGAAAGGUCGGAGCCUCUGGACGAGCUGUUGAGCUCGAAAGGCGAGCUGAUUGUCGGCCUCAAGUAUGUGCCACCCGAGGCGAGCACUGGCGGCAAUGGCAAGAAGUCAGCAGCAGCCAAGGGCGCACUCCACGUUCUAGUCAAGGAGGCCAAAAACCUCACCGCGGUCAAGAGUAACGGCCUAUCCGAUCCUUUCUGCAAGAGUUACUUGCUGCCGGAUAAGAUGCGCAGUUCGAAGCAGAAAACGGCCGUGUUGCGUCGCACGUGUCAGCCCACGUGGGCCCACACGUUCGUCUACCCCCACGUCACACUGGACGAGUUGGCCGAGCGCAGUCUCGAGUUGACCGUGUGGGACCACGACCGCCUCGCCAGCAAUGAGUUCCUCGGCGGAGUUCGGCUCAACCUCGGUUCAGGAAAACAUAACGGCAAGGCUGUGGAUUGGAUGGACUCGAACGGUAAAGAGAUUCUUCUAUGGCAGUGGAUGAUGGAACGGCCAAAUCUGUGGGUCGAAAGUUGUCUUCCGCUCAGGCCAAGUUUGGAUGUCCGCCAUAACAGUUGAAGGCUUCCUAUCAUCAAUUUUUGCAAAUAGUUUUCUCUUCAGUCAUUGGUCAAUGCUUUUCCAUAAAAGCUAAGACCGCAUCUUCAUUCAAUCUAUUAUUUUGCAGUCCAAGACCCGUUGGACAGUUUAUUAAAUUUUCAAAUAUCACCUUAUGAAUUUCCCGAUUAAUCCAACGACAUUAGUUUUUUCAACAUUAUUUUUUGAUCAUUUAAUCAAUUAUUCUGGAGUCCAAAACCCGUUGCACAAUUUAUUGAAUUUUCCAAUAUCACCUAAUAAAUUUUAACGUCAUCCGUUUUUUCAACUGUGUUGAGAUAAAUUGAAUGUUAUUCAAAGCUAUGGAAGCUGUCUGUGAUUUUAUUUUAUACUUAAUUGUAAAUAAGAUGUUUGAAAAACAUCAACAUUGAUACUUCUAAAUUCAAUGCGAAAUUUGAAAAAUAAGCUUUAUACUUGAAUUGCACUUUACCUUGUAGAAUUAUCACUUUGUUUCAAAUCUAAUGCGUAACCACUUAUUUAUCUUCAUAUUGUGAAAAGUUAUGAAUCUAUGAUCAAUAUUAUAGAUUCAUCAGUUUUACUAGUUUAUUAGUUUCACCUUUCACUAUGUUGUGUAGUUUCUUUUCUAGCCUAACGCUUAUUAAAAAUAAAAAUGCUGAGAAUGUUUACACCUCGACAUUAACUUGAAACUAAAUCAUGUAUUAUAAUUAUUAUUUAACGAAAAUCCUAAAUAAAUGCUGUAAAUUAUUAGCAUUUGAAUAAAUGCAUUCUCUAUUUAAUUCCAUCUGUAACUGGUUGGCCGCUAUGGCUUCGUAUAAAAUGAGCGCUGCUAUCCAGAGAUUGUCAGUUUGGUGUAAGGGUAAGCAUUCCUGACUAGCAAUUGGGAGGUACCGGGUUCGAUUCCCGGGCUGGCAACUAAUUUUUGGAUAGUAGUUCUCAUCGAAUUUCCAUCUAGCUGUUAACCCUGUUGUCAAUGUCUGCAGUAGCAGAAGUCUUCGGGGUGAUUUACAGCAUUUAUUUAGGAUUUUCGUUAAAUAAUAAUUAUUAUUUCAAUUAGCAUUUGAAUAAAUGCAUUCUCUAUUUAAUUCCAUCUGUAAAUCAUGUAUUCCUUUUUUUAACAAUAAUAUCUUACAUUCCUCUACUCUACAUGAUCUCUCAUGAAUAAUAUAUCUUCCAUAAGCUGUUCUUGUGAUACUACUUUUUUCGAAUAAUCAUUUAGCAUGUCAAAUGUCAAUUAUAAAUAAGUAUGGAGAACUGGACUUUUGUACUGAAAAGUGGAUAUUUUUUAUAAAAAAUUUCAUAUUUCUCAUUGUCCUUUUAGAACAUGAUUGUAUAGCGGUAGUUAGCUUUAUAUAUUAUGUUAUAAAAUUGAAUUUAGAAGCAGGUUCUUUUUUCUACUUAUAUAUAUGAAUGAACUAUCUAUUUUUGCAUCGAUAAAAGUUUAUCUAUGAAGAGGAAACUGAGCCCAGUGUAUGUUGAAGGUAUUUCUAAUUGUAUAUUAUUAUAGUUGUAAAUUUGUUUAUUGAAUGUAUAAAUAUAUGGAAUUUCCUCUAU